UUGGUGUCUGCGAGUUCGUGGUCGAGCGGCAAGCAUGAAGUACGUGGUGCGGUGACGUGGGCGGGCGGGCGACUGCGGCUGUCGGGCCGCUGGUCCGAGGCGCUCUACGCCGGGGAGCCGCCCGCCGCGCGCUGUCUGUGGAGACCCGGUGCAAUGCCACCGGACAACGAGCUGUACUACGGGUUCACUCGCUUCGCCAUGGAGCUUAACGAGCUGGAGCCUGGCAUGAAGGACGUGCUACCUCACACCGACACCAGGCUUAGGCCCGACCAGCGCGCCCUAGAGGAGGGGGACGUGGAGACGGCGGAGCAGCUCAAGCACCAGCUCGAGCAGGCGCAGCGCGAGCGCCGCCGCGACGCGCACGACCACACGCCGGCCUGGUUCCGCAAAGUGACUGAGAACGGUGAAGAGAUGUGGGUGUUCACGGGCGAGUACUGGAAAGCCAGAGAGGCGGGCUUCCCAGAUUUAAAGGCGCCUGUUAUAUGGUGA